AUGCCACCUAUUCUUGACACUUCAGAAGAAAGCUACUUAAAUUUAGUUCAAUCCCUGUCAAGUUGUUUAGAUUUAAGUGAUCUGCCAGAACAAAGAUCACUUGUGCAAUUGUCACCAAAUAUUGAAAGAGAAGUAAUUUUAAAAGAACGUCAAGGUACAGUUGAGUUAUUAUCACAAAGAAUUGGAGCAUUAAAAGAUCAAAUUCAGCAUAAGGACGAUUUACUUGUUGAAUAUGAACGUGAUUUAGGUGUAACAAAAAAACGACGAUCUCGAAAAUGUUUCAAAAACUGUUGCAAGUCCAAACCAAAAUUAUGCGUCAACUGCUUACCAAUUUGUCAUUCAAAUCAACAACAAAUGGAAUCUGUGGCGUAAAAUUCAUUCAUGAAAUUCGAUCUGUUGACAGACAUAUAUAUCCAUGAGAAAGUUGAAUUAAAUGCGUAACAACCACACCAUUAAGAAGAAGAAGAUCUUUUGCACUGCCGAAC